GCGUCUCUCUCCUGGUGAAGUAUGGCACUGGCUUCUUCACAGGGAGGACCGAUCAGCCGGUGGAUGACGAAGAGGCCGCAAGACUCUGCACCACUGUUGGGAAGCUGGACCACUUGAGAUGCACUGGUAGCGGACCGAGCACGGAUUUCGCUCCAGCACCGCCAGUGGGCACCUUCCAUUCCGUCAAGGAGGACGCGCUUCGGCGAGGGCUCGGCCAGCAGCCGGCAUGCUACGGGCGGGCCAACAAACCGACCGACAUCUCCUUCACGAGUGCUGCUUUUGUCUGCUUUGCAGCAAAGCGGCUACGCCGUGCCGGGCGCCGGGUUGCAGAAAGCUUACGAGGCGUGCGGCCUCCGAUGCCACCACCUUCGUUUCCUCCACCCGACCAUGAGCCUGCUAUCCAGAGGGUGCCCUCGUUCUACUCCAUCGACACAGCACAAGGCGUGCGCGAGUCCGAGCAAGAGCCAAAGCCAACCUCCCUAACGGGACGCAUGGCCGGGCUUAUCAGUGGCCAUGCUGCCGACUGGGCCGCGCUGACAGUCGCAGGUCUGGCAGCUGGGACCCUUGCAGAUCCAAACGGCCGGGAGGGAAGUUCUUCGAUUCUUCGUUUGACGGUUGAUGGGUUCAACUUCGAGAGGUACGGGAGCCAGCGCCUCAACGCUGAGCAGAAAGCAGCCUGA